AACUUCCUCAAAGCUAACCGUGAAUGAUUAUCAACACAUUGUCGUGUCUCUACUCGCACAGAUGUCUGUAGCUGAAAGCUGCGUUCUCAGAGUCACAAGUGGACUAUGGACACCAUAGAGCAGAUCAGCAGCGAGCCAGUAAUCACUGAGAGUGCACCCUCCUCUCACUCAGCUGGAGACAACAGCAACAAGGAUGGAUCCAGUGAGCCACCAGAAGACAACGCUACCAGCUGUGAGCAGACGUACCUAAAUGAGAAGAUCACAGUCCCUGAAGUGGGAGGACCAGGAUUUAGCUUCAGGAAGCUGUGGGCAUUCACGGGGCCAGGGUACUUGAUGAGUAUUGCGUACCUGGACCCAGGAAACAUUGAGUCAGACCUGCAGACUGGAGCAGCAGCAGGAUACAAGCUCCUCUGGGUCCUGCUCUCUGCGACUGUGCUGGGUCUGCUUCUUCAGAGACUGGCGGCGCGCCUGGGUGUGGUGACAGGGUUGCACCUGGCCGAGGUCUGUCGCAUCUACUACCCCAAGUGGCCCCGCGUCCUGCUCUGGCUGACAAUCGAGCUUGCCAUCAUCGGUUCCGACAUGCAAGAGGUCAUCGGGACUGCCAUUGCCAUCAACCUCUUGUCCAAUCAAAGGGUUCCAAUUUGGGGAGGAGUGCUCAUCACCAUCGUGGACACCAUUGUUUUCUUGUUCCUUGACAAAUAUGGUCUCAGGAAGCUGGAAGCAUUCUUUGUACUGCUGAUUGCGAUCAUGGCCUUCACCUUCGGAUACGAGUAUGUGGUGGUGAAACCGGAUCAGGGUGAAGUGGUGAAAGGAUUGUUCUACCCAUACUGUGCGGGCUGUGGCAGUAAUGAGCUGCUUCAGGCAGUGGGCAUCAUUGGGGCAAUUAUAAUGCCCCAUAAUAUCUACCUCCACUCAGCACUGGUCAAGUCUCGGAGGAUCGACCGCUCCAAGCCGGCUGCUGUGAAAGAGGCGAACAUGUACUACUUCAUCGAGUGCUCCAUCGCUCUGUUUAUCUCCCUGCUGAUCAAUAUAUUUGUCAUUGCUGUAUUUGGAGCUGCCUUCUACAAGAAGAGCAACAUGGAUGUGUACAAUGUCUGUGCAAACAGUGGGAGCCCCUACAUCAAUCAGCUGCCCCGGGACAACGGCACCUUGGAGGUGGACAUCUUCAAAGGGGGAGUGGUCCUUGGAUGCUACUUUGGAACUCCUGCUCUCUACAUCUGGGCAAUUGGCAUUCUUGCUGCAGGUCAAAGUUCAACCAUGACAGGGACAUAUUCUGGACAGUUUGUGAUGGAGGGCUUUCUCAACCUGCCCUGGUCCCGGUUUAAACGAGUGAUAUUGACAAGGGGUCUGGCGAUCGUGCCCACGGUGAUUGUGGCAGCUUGUCAGGACGUGUCCAAAGUCUCCAACAUGAAUGAUAUCCUCAACGUCUUGCAAAGCAUUCUGCUGCCCUUUGCUCUAAUUCCCAUCCUGACAUUCACAAACCUCAGGACACUAAUGCAUGAAUUCACAAGUGGAUGGCUCAGCCAGAUUGUUGGUGUGUUGAUCACCUUGCUGGUCUUGGCUGUUAAUGCUUACUUCGUUGCGGUGUACGUCGACAAUCUAGGCAAUGUUAUUUAUUACGCUGUCGCUGCAAUAAUCCUCAUCUUCUACGUGGCCUUCGUCCUUUAUCUGCUGUGGCUGAGCUGUGUGGCAUCCGGAAUAUGCGGCCUGAACUCCAGUCAAGACAAACGGUUCACACAUGAAAGAAUUCCAAACUAAACAUUGCGACUCCAAGGCCUGCAGGCUAUUGCAACAACAACUUGCUUUCACAUAGCACCUUCAACAAAUCUGGGACCAAGGCUGGUGUCCCUGGUGAGGUGGGAGGCUCAGAUUCCAAUGUUCUAACUCCCUUUCCUGCUUCUGCCAGGAGUUGCUAUUCUCAACCAUCAGAGUCCCUGCAAACCCUGGUCCUGUGCUGGAAUAUUGAAGUAUAAAUUAUAGCUGUUGCUGUAUUGUACAUAUUGAUUGAUGUAAAUGCCCAGCUUAAGAUAGCCCUGAACCUGCUGCACUAAACCCCUGACUUACCAGCACCGAUUGUAUGUUUGAAAUAAAGACAGAAAAUGCUACAAACA